ACGGGACACGCAGCAGAGGACGGGGUACUGAGGAUCUGCGUCCAGAGACCACCAGUACAGGUACCUAAGAGGAGGUACGUGGGUACAGAGAGAGGGUGACUGACUGAACACAGGAUUGAGGUCGAAGAGAGAGAACGAGAAAGAAAAGAGAUAGAAGCGCAACCCCAGAAGACGACCAAAGUAUCAGUCCUGCGGUCCUGGUAACUCAGAUCAACACUGCCCUCUCCUGAGAGUGGGGUUAUUUACUGAAUGCUUCACUGAAGAUCUGGAAGGAUAGCUUGGAGACUGUUUCCACUACAAAAGCAUAGUGCACCAGUAACUAAUCUUACUGGUAUUCCACCUUGACAAGCAAACUGACUUGCCAACCACUUGACCGUCUGGUAGCAAGACUGAUAAACGGAAAGAUUGGUGACGGAAGGCGGGUUAGGAGGCAGAAAAUCAAAGAGGCAGACCGACAUACAGGCAGAAAGACAAAUCUAUUUGACUUGCAGGCGUCCAGGUAGCCAGACCAAGGAUGAGCUUGUCUGUUCCGCUGGAGCUGAGCUCCCUUCAGAGGGACCACCAGGCUCUGGACACCCUGGAGAAGCAGCUCAUCUGCCCCAUCUGUCUGGAGGUCUUCACCAAACCUGUGGUCAUCCUGCCCUGCCAGCACAACCUGUGUCGCAAGUGUGCCAACGACCUCUACCAGCCCUCUCUGUUUCAGACCCGCAGCAACAUGGUGGGGCGUUUCCGCUGCCCCUCCUGCCGACAGGAAGUGGUGCUAGAUCGCCACGGUGUCUAUGGCCUACAGCGCAACCUGCUGGUGGAGAAUAUUAUCGACGCGUACAAGCAGGAGGCCACUAGCUUGCGGCCGCCUCCCAAGUCCUCAGACCAUGUGACCUGCCAGGAGCACGAAGGUGAGAGGGUGAACAUCUUUUGCCUCAGUUGCCAAAAGCCAACCUGCUCCCUCUGCAAGGUGUUCGGCGCCCACAAGGCCUGCCGGGUGGCGCCGCUGCCAGAGGUGUACCAGCAGCAGAAGUCGGAGCUGACUGAUGGGAUCAGCUCGCUGGUGUCAGUAAACAGCCGAGUCCAGGCUUCCAUAAAUGAGCUGGAGGAGACCUGUAGAAACAUCGAAGAGAACUGCAAGACACAGAAGCGGGCGCUGUGCGACAAGUUCGACCGCAUGUACGCCAUCUUGGAGCAGAGGCGAAACAUUAUGACUCAAAGAAUCAGCUACGAGCAGGAGGAGAAGAUGGGGUUCACUCAGGAACUGGUGCGCUCCAACGGGGAGAACGUCGAAGCCAACACUAAACUGGUGGAGACGGCUCUAAGGACCAUGGAGGAGCCUGAGAUGGCUGCCUUCGUGCAGAGUUCCAGAGCGCUGAUUGAGAAGGUUCUAGAGGCGACCAAGUCCACUACGAUUCAAACCCUGGAGCCAGGCUAUGAAAACAUGGACCACUACAAGGUGGACUUCAAUGCAGAGGAAAGGACUCUCUACCAACUGGACUUUGAAGUUGAGGAGGUGGUUCCAGAGGAACCAGAACCAGAACCAGAGCCAGAACUUGAACAAGUAAUAGAACCCCUUCCAGUUCCAGAGCCUGUUUUGGAAUCAGUAUCGGUUCUGGAACCAGCACCAGUGUGGGUCCCAGUGUCCAGCCUGGUUUUGAGUCCAGAGGAGGCUGAGGUCAGACUGAAGUCUAAAGAAUGGAGUCUGAAGGACCCUGUAGCUGAUUAUAUAGAGGAGGAAGAGGAGGAGAAGAUAGAGGAGGAAGAGGAGGAAGAAGAGAAGGUGCGGGGGCAGGCAGAAGGAUGUGUUGCAGACCCUUAUAAAGAAGACCUGUGUGAAGCUGAUGGGAUGAACAUACAGCAGACUGAGCCAGCGUGGGGGCAGCAGGGUGAGCCUGAUUCAGGUGCAUGGGCAGCCCAGGGAAUGGCGAUGUGUGGGGCCAGAGAAGAGGAAACUAGGUUUUACCCCAGCUGGUACUCACCUAACGGCUGGCACAGGCUUAGCCCCAGUCCAGCUGUCAAAACAAAGCCACUGGCAGUGCCAGAUAACACGCCCCAGCUAAAUAAGGGACCCCUGCCCCAACCCCCAUUUCAGCCCCAGCCCCAGACACUCUCCCUACCCCAGUACCAGCCCCUUCAACUUCAGCCUCAGCAGUUGUCUCUACCCCAGCAGCCCCCACUCAUACCCACACCUCGCUGGUUGGAAGCUAGCUUCGCUGGAGGGCUGGGGUCAACAUCCACAGGGGGUCACCAGGGGUGUGUGUCCCAGACUGGGGCUGAGGGAGAUAGCCCUGGACUAGGAGUGAGUGUCACCCAAGCUAGGGAGGGCGGCCCGGGGCUGGAGGAGAGUGCUGUCGGCAGGUUGGGCAGUGGGCCCUCCACCCCACAGCAGGCGGUCACCCUCUUCUUCUACCUGGUGGUGCUCCUGGUCAUCCUGCAGAGGGUCUGGGCUUGUAUCAGCUGCUUCAUAUGUAUAUAACAGAGCAGACCGCUCUCACAGAGGUCCACACUCAGGAACCAUCAGAUUGGAUCUGGGUUGGGGAAUAACAGUCCCACAGGCCCCUCCCCCACCCCCGCUGGUGGGAUACAGACCCCCGUUCGCCUCAGCGAGACCCCGCCUCGUCUCAGUUUCUCCUUCUCCUGGCUCAAUGCCCUCUCCAAGAAGAAGAAGUAAGCGGAGGCCCCACAGUCCAGUUGGAGGUCAAACUCGAAUUCUGGUUUUAAGGGAAAUAACCAGACCCGAGUCCGCCCGUACACAUCCAGUCUCGAUCCCCUUCACACGAAUUUGAAUCGAAAGAAUUCGCACGUCUUAAUUGCAAUUGUUGUAUUUUUAAUGGUAGAGGUUUGUGAAAGAGCUGAGUUUGUUUGCAUGUCUCAAGGACUUUGUCUUUUUUAUUUUAUUAAUUUGAUUGUAAUGUGACUGCAUUUUAUCUACAGGCCUAUUUUACUGAAGAAAAUGUAGCCUACUGUAACACAGAAUAUUGUAUGUUUGGUGAAGGACUUGGACAUAUUAUUGCAUGAUAGUUUCUGCACUUUAUUAAAAUUGAAUAAAACACGUGAA